AUGGGUUCGCUCAACGAUCAGGUCAAUGGCAACGGCACUGCCCACCGCGACCCUAUCAAUGUCAUCAUUCCCAUCGGUGGCAUUGGCUCGCGGUUUGCGAAGCAGGGCUACCGAUACCCCAAGCCGCUCAUCAACAUUGUAGGCCGGCCGAUGCUGAUGUGGCUUAUCGAUAACCUCUCCCUACAGUCUGGCGACACCCUCUGGAUGGCCGUCAACGAGGAAAUCGACAACGAGUUCCGGAUCGGCCAGCUCAUCACCAAAUCUUUCCCCAGGAUCGACUUCAGACUCCACAGGCUGAGACACCAGACUAAGGGUGCCAGCGAGACGCUCUACAUCAUCUCUCAGAGUAUGACCAAGGAGCACCUCACCCGCAAGACUGUUUCACUCGACUGUGACACGAUCUACUGGGGGGACGUUCUGGAGGAUGUCCGACGCAUGCCCAAGGGCCAUGGUGGUUGCUUCUACUUCACAGACGAUGGCGACAAGCCCAUCUUCUCCUACAUCAAGACGGAGCCAAAGGACGGCCUCGAACGCAUCGUGGAUAUUCGCGAGAAGAAAGCUAUUUCAAACAAGGCUAACACGGGAGCUUACGUCUUUCCUAGUGGUGCUGAACUCAAAUCAUGGGCGUCCAAGAACCUCGACAAGGAGACCAGCCCCGAGGUGGGCGAGUAUUAUACUUCACAAACAAUCUCACAGAUGAUUUUUGAGGGUGGCAUACCAUUCCUGGGCAUGCCUGUCAGCAAGAAGGAUUUCACCGUUGUCGGUACCCCUGAACAGCUUCAGGCUCUUCUCAAGCAGCUCAGCAGCUCGAAUAAGGGCGAAGUACCGAUCAAGAUGAAGAAGCGUCGUUUCUGCUUCGACCUCGAUGGAACCUUAGUGGGUUAUCCCGAGGUGAAGGGAGACUACUCAACCUGCCCGCCCAUUGACAAGAACAUCCGACUUGUUCAGCAGCUUUUUAAGGCUGGGCAUCACAUCAUCAUCCAGACUGCCCGCAGGAUGAAGACCCACGAUGGCAACGUGGGAUCUGUUCUCGCGGAUAUUGGCCCUGUUACCUUCGCACAACUGGCCAAGUACGAGAUUCCAUUCCAUGACAUCCACUUUGGCAAACCCUGGGCGGACGUCUACGUUGACGAUCUUGCCGUCAAUGCCAAUCUAGAUACCAUGCGCGAGAUAGGCUGGCUAUUGGAGGAAUCCGAUCCUUCUUCUUCUCUUCUUGGCGAGGAUGCUCCGCCGGUGGACGACUCGGCUAAGAAGGAGGGCAUGAUCGCGGCACGCGAUUUCAACACCAUCCAGAUCGUUGGUGGCAAGGUCGUUAAGUCAUCCAAGUCUGAGAACAUCCUUGGCGAGCUAUACUUCUACUCUCACAUGCCGAAGGCGCUGUCGCACAUCUUCCCCAGUGUCUACAGUGUCGACUACAUUCCCGAGACCGGCACGUACAACACUAUCAUGGAGAACCGUCGUGGUUUAACCUUCAGCCACCUCCUUGUUGGACGCUCCAUCACGAAGGGACGCCUGCUUAGCUUCCUAAAAGCUCUUCAUACCAUCCAUGCCACCCCUAACCCCGAGAAGCCGAGCCUCGAAAUUCCAGCAGCUUUAGCUGCUAAAUUUGCUAAGCACUCCGUUGAUCAGUCCAGUCAUGGAGUAAACAUCUACGCCAACUACGGCAGCAAGCUGCGUACCCGCUACGAGAAGCACCGCGACCGAUACGAUGCUCUCGGUCCUCUGGCAGAGAAGCUGUACUCUAGGCUUGACGAGUUUCUCGAUACCUACGAAGCCGAGGACAAGGGCGUGUACGCGGAAGUCAUCCAUGGUGACCCCGUUUUUAGCAAUGCUAUUAUGUCCAAUGAUGGGCAGCUAGUAUCCUUCAUCGAUGUACGGUGCCGACAGGAAGAUCUUUUGACCUCGGCUGGUGAUAUCCAUUACGAUCUUGCGAAGGUCCUGCAGUCCCUCUGCGGCUACGACCACAUCCUCUUUAUGGCCGCCAAUGAAGCCGAUCUCACCGGAGCCCUCGAGGAGGGUGCCGACCAUCUGUUGGACGAGGCCGACCGCGACCUUCUAGAGGAGUUGCGUGGCUAUUUCUUCGAGUUCCUGGAGGAGACUUACGGGGUGCGCAUUCAUCGCAAGACGCUGUACCGCAUCACUGCCAGUUUAUACUUCAGCUUGAUUCCUCUACAUAACCCUGCUCUCGGCGCUGUCUUCCUGCGCAUGUGCAAGGAAACGCUCGAUAAAGCUUACGGCAUCUCAGCCAGCAGCGGCCACCGGACGCCAAGCGGAAAGCCCCUGAGCAGGCGACCCAGCAGCCUAUUCGACGAAGCGAGCUCUCCCCAGCCUCAGACUGUGACGAGUCCCAGCGUGAACGGCCGUCUGAGCGCGCCGACCGUUGUGGUUGGGAAAUAA